AUGUGUUCUUAUAACCCUGCCUUGCCUCCUUUAUAUAGGAACACUCGUAACUGCAGUCCUGGGAGUCCUAGUGAGGGUGACAAUAAAAGGUUGCGUCGUCCUUACCGAUCAAAGACCUAUAAGGUGGAGAUCAACUUUGCUGCCAAAAUUCCUAUGAAUGCAAUUGCAAAUGCCUUGCAAGGACAAGAGUCUGAGAACUCUCAAGAAGCGCUGAGGGUUUUGGAUAUCAUAUUGAGGCAGCAUGCUGCGAAGCAGGGUUGCUUGCUUGUUAGACAAUCCUUCUUCCAUAAUGACCCAAAAAAUUUUGCUAUAGUUGGAGGUGGUGUCCUUGGGUAUCGUGGGUUCCAUUCAAGCUUCAGGACUACUCAGGGUGGCCUGUCUUUGAACAUUGAUACAUCUACCACAAUGAUAAUUCAACCUGGGCCUGUGGUAGAUUUCUUAAUCGCCAAUCAGAAUGUGAAGGAUCCAUCUUCUCUAGAUUGGGCGAAGGCUAAACGAAUGCUGAAGAAUCUAAGAGUGACUACAAGUCCAACAAAUCAAGACUACAAGAUAAGUGGAUUAAGUGAGAAGAGCUGCAGAGAGCAGACCUUUACUUUAAAACAGAAAAUCAAGGGUGAUGAUGGUGAAGUUCAGAACACUGAAGUGACUGUUUAUGAUUACUUUGUUAAUAAACAUAAAAUACACUCGAACAAGUCUGCUGAUUUACCAUGUAUCAAAUUUGGAAAGCCAAAACGUCCAACUUACUUCCCUAUCGAGCUGUGCUCAUUGGUCUCGUUGCAAAGAUACACAAAAGCACUGUCUACUUUUCAAAGAGCUUCUCUGGUGGAGAAAUCAAGACAGAAGCCUCAAGAGAGGAUGGAAGUUUUAAGUCAUGCACUGGAAAUCAACAACUAUAAUGCUGAGCCACUGCUUAUUUCUUGUGGCAUAUCAAUCAAUAAUAACUUCACUAAGAUUGAGGGUCGUGUUCUGCCUGCCCCAAAAUUGAAAGUUGGAAAUGGAGAGGAUUUCUUUCCUCAAAAUGGGAGAUGGAACUUCAAUAAAAAGAAACUGUGGCAGCCACAAAAGAUUGAAAGUUGGGGUGUUGUAAAUUUCUCUGCACGCUGUGAUACACGUACCCUUGUCAGAGAAUUGAUUCAUUGUGGAAAAAUGAUAGGGAUUAGCGUGGAUGCCCCUAUUCAUGCAUGGUAUGAGAAUCCAGCGUUCAAAGGAUUUCCACCUGUUGUGAGAGUAAACAAUAUGCUUAAAGACAUCAUGGAGAAGUUGCCUAAAAAACCACCUAAGUUCCUUCUCUGUUUGUUGCCUGAAAGAAAGAAUUGUGAUAUAUAUGGGCCAUGGAAACGAAGGACUCUGAGUCAGCACGGAAUUGUGACUCAAUGCAUGUCACCAACCAAAGUGAAUGCCCAAUAUCUCACGAAUUGCCUACUUAAGAUAAAUGCCAAGCUUGGAGGCCUUAAUUCGGUGUUGACUGUUGAACGUCCUCCUCUCCAACUUGCUUCAAAGCCUGCCACCAUUAUUAUUGGGAUGGAUGUGUCUCAUGGCUCUCCUGGUCAGACUGGCGUUCCAUCAAUUGCUGCGGUUGUGAGUUCGAGGCAGUGGCCUCUUAUUUCUCGUUAUAGAGCAUCAGUGCGUACUCAGUCUGCAAAGGUUGAAAUGAUUGAUAACUUGUUUAAACCUGGUCCUGACAAAACUGAUGAUGGAAUUAUGAGGGAGCUAUUGUUAGAUUUUUAUUUUAGUACUCAGAAAAUGAAGCCUAAACAAAUUAUAAUCUUCAGGGAUGGUGUCAGUGAAUCCCAAUUCAAUCAAGUUCUUAACAUUGAACUUGAUCAGAUCAUUGAGGCUUGUAAAUUUCUUGAGGAGGGAUGGUCACCCAAGUUUACAGUCAUUGUUGCUCAGAAGAAUCAUCACACCAAGUUCUUCCAAGUUAGCUCUCCUAAUAAUGUUCAACCUGGGACAAUUAUUGAUAGUAAAGUUUGUCAUCCGAAAAACAAUGACUUUUACUUGUGUGCUCAUGCAGGAAUGAUUGGAACCACAAGACCAACACACUAUCAUGUUCUUUAUGAUGAGGUUGGAUUUUCAGCUGAUGAACUGCAAGAACUUGUGCACAACCUAUCCUAUGUGUCCCAAAGGAGCACCACUGCCAUAUCUGUUGUUGCUCCUAUUUGCUAUGCUCAUUUGGCUGCCACCCAGUUGGGACAGUGGAUGAAAUUUGAGGAUACAUCUGAGCAGUCUUCAAGCCAUGGUGGUGGGGGAUCAAACGCAGGCCCAGCCACAGUUCCUCAGUUGCCCACACUACAUCAAAAUGUCAGUAGUUCAAUGUUUUUUUGCUGAGGGUUGACUGUUUUGACUACUAUGGAUUGUAAUAGUUUUGGUAUCGAUGGA